AUGCGACCGGUCUUUGACGGAGCGGCUAAAUCCAAAUUUGGACCAAGUUUCAAAGACGUUCUGGAAACCGGCCCAAACCUGAAUCCCGAUCUGCUAGCCGUUCUAAUGCGAUUCCGAUUAAAUCGAAUCGAAUUUUUAAAUGUCUGCUUAUAUGAGCAGUUAGUUGCGUACAAAUGGAAACGAGUUCCAUUUGGAUUCAGUUCUAGUUCAUUCUUGCUACGAGUUACUCUCAACAAGCACUUGGAUGGCAUGGAGCCACUGCACUCUACAAUACUGUACACUACAGUGAACCAGCUAAAGGAACAAAUUUACGUCGACGACUACCUUGGUGGCGCCAACAAAAUCUCCACAGCAGAAACUAGGAUUCAGGAAACCAACUCCACCUUCCAGAAGGCUAAACUCAACAUGCGAAGUUGGGUGACAAACGACGAAACACUUCGCAAAUUUCUCAGUGAGAAGAGUCUCAUUAACCCCAUUGUAAAAAUUUUCACUCAGUAG